AUGAACAUGGAGUUGGAUGAUCCAUCAGCCAAGAAAGCGAUGUUCGCUGGCACCAGCAAAGAAGCCGCGUUCGAAGACGAGUUUGCCGAAGGAUACAUUGCCCCGUCGCACUUCGUUGAAGGUGAAGACCUGCCUGUGGCCGCCGCCGUCUCGACGACGAAAGGGAAGCAAGAGGACAACGCGGUCCUGCUUCAAAUCGUGGCCCCCGCGACCAUGGGGGCUGGCUUCAGUCUCUACGUCGAGUGCGAAGGAAGCAAGUACCUCGUCAAAGUCCCCAAAGGUGGGGUGGAAGAAGGCCAGACCUUCACGGCUCACGGCCGUCCGGGGCAGACUGCCAUCACCGGAGGAUGGCGUGACGGUCUCUUCGAGUGUUGUCAUCCCAUGGAGGGAGAGUUUAGUUGCCUGGCUUGGUGUUUCACUCCUUGCGCUUUUGCGCUCCUCAUGGAUUCCCUCCGGAUGGAUUGCUUCUGUCGGCGCGACUCGGGGAUCCCCCGCCACGCGGUCUUUUAUUUCAUGUGUGCGCUGGGUAUCGUCAACACUGUUCUCUACAUCGCGACGAACCAACAAGCCUUUGAUGCGGCCUAUACGUCCCCGUACGCCACCCGCACCCAAGCACCACAGCCCGCAGAUCCUGUCCUCUCGUUGACCUUUGUGGCCCUAGUGUGGUACACGAUCUUCGUGUUCGUUGCGGUGCGAUACUUUGCCCGCCGCAAAUACGGCAUCCCAGGAAACCUUUGCUUGGAUUUCUUGGCAACCAAGUUCUGCGCCUGCUGCUCGGCUCUCCAAAUCUAUCGUCACAUGAAGUCCAGCGGACACGAGCCUGACUUGUUCCGCGCCGAAACCAAAGCAACAUUGGCCCCCCAAGCCGCGUUGGCGUCGAAGGCGUCCUUGGUCUGA